CGCACUCCCUCUUCCCGUCUCUCUCUCUCUCGACUCUUCGGCUCCUAAACCCUAACCCAAGUUCUCGCUAAGGAUGGCGUUCACGGGGCGGUUGCAGGAGCUGAUGAAGAAGUACGGCAAGGUGGCGUUUGGCGUCCACUUCUCCGUCUCCGCCGCAGCCAUCACCGGCUUCUACGUGGCCAUCAAGAACAACGUCGACGUCGAAUCGAUUUUCGAGAAGGUCGGCCUCUCGUCCCGCGUCCCGGACAAUGAUCGCGCCUCCGGCGUGGUCAUUUUGGACGGCCAUGAUUCUUUGUCGCCUAAGCCGCCGAGGGAGCCGCAGCAGCAGAUGAAGAUGACUAGGACGGCGGAGCUGGCGGCGUCCAGCGGCGGAACCCUAGCUCUGGCUAUACACUGCAACAAGGGCCUGUUUCCGGUUAGGGUCCCGAUAACGAUCGCCUUCACGCCGCCGAUGGCCAGGCUCUUGGCGCGGAGGAAUCUCCUCAAGCAUCACCCGAUUCGUGAACUUCCAUUGGAUCAGGUCCUGCCUUGGGUUCUGAGUCACGGCGGUGUCUCCUUUCCACCCGCUCUUCCUCUCUCUGCCUUUGCUCCGAGGCGGUGCAGGGAAGAUGUCAUCUGCGUCGCCGUUGUUGGCCACCAGAACAAUCUGAUGUAGCUGCAGAGCUUCACGGAGGCUGAAGAUACGCUGAAGCUCCAUCACAUUGUUCAUUGCUCCUUGGAUGUGGUAGACGAGAGAGGUGCUGGUCAGCUCGAGUUUCUAUGAUAUAUGCAAACUAAUCUAGGAAAAUAUUUGUUGCUUGCCACACCUAGUGCCGUUACCCUUUUCCAGUCUACUGAUUCUCAUAAUAAUGUUUUUAUCCGGGAUCAGCUAGAUAAUGAUUCAGGGCCAAAGCCCAACAAAAACUCAGUUUAAUAUGGACAUAGUCUAUAUUCCACGGAAUGGCGAUUAAGUGUAACAUGCUAAGAAGGCAUGUUCUUUUCGCUUUGUUACUUAAAUCCUGAUUCCUCUGAAACUUCUUUUAAGGCGCUUUAUCUCUAUUGCUUAAUGUCCUGAAAUUUCAUUUUAUGGGUCUUGCAUAUUGAUUUCUUAUACUUGACUUUUUAUAUAAGAGCUUUUCAAAUUUAUGCAUAAUAAAACUAUUCUGAUUAAUUUGCAGGGAUAACUAACCUCAGCAUGUAAUUGCUACCAUUGAGUGCUCCAUUUCUAGUUUGGCAACUUAUUACAUUAGAUGGGCAGUUUAAGAAGUUUGAUUCUUAGCUUAGAUUUGACAUUUUUUGUGUGACCAUCUUUUUCGAUUCCAGUUGAGUCUCUGGGCAUUUAAUAAGUUGAUGCAGUGUCAGGAACUAAUGUUUGAAGUGUAACAAUCUCAUUUCUUCAAUAAUGCUAAAUAUGAUGUUGCUGUUUUAAGUGAUGAUUGUUUCUCCAUAUUCUUCAUUGAAACUUUCCUGAACUUAGCAUAUGAUAUUUCUUGUCAAAGAUUAUAAUUCGGUAUCAAUAUUAUGUAACUGAAAUAUCUCAAUUUUGUUUUAAUUAAAUGUUCUAAAACUGCCAAGUGUUAUUUAAGUUGUUUUCCACUGUCUCUUGGCACUCAAAUAUCUCAAUUCUGUUUAAAUGUUGAGUACAUGCUCAAUUCUUGUCCAAAGCUUUGAUUAAGCCACCUAUUUUUAACUCCGAAUACAUCCCAUAUAUCCGUGAUUAGUGAUCUCUAAUUACCUUCCUGUGAAUUCAAUCAUCAAGAGUGAUGAAAUUCCAUCACUUUUUUAUUUUUCAGAACUUACCAACACAAAUAUUGUCACCAUCUGAGCUCCCAACCAUGUGGGCUUCACUCCUAGAAGAAAUGAAAAUUGGUUUCUGGGAGCACCUAAUAUCUUAUGUCUUUACAUGAUAAUGUUGUACCCAUUGUUGUUCUAGUUAUUGGUAUCACAGUCUCUGCAACUCAAAUAUUUGACAUGCUCAUUAGGCAUAUUAGAUGAUCACGAUUCCCACCAGCGAUGUGGAAUAUUGGGGCCUUCAUAUGCUCAUCAUUUUGUUGUCAUUGUGUAUGAUUUAUGGUCCCUUGCAGGACUUUUAGGUCAUCAGGGUGCACAACAGUUUUCAAUGUGACACACACACCAUGUGGUUAAUGUAAUAUAUUUGUCAUUACUUGAGCCCAAAAUUGCACCUAGGCUUCAGAAAAGUGCUCAGAAGCUAUUAUUUUGAGACAGGUAAUGACAUCUGUUCUCCACAUCAUAAUCCAUAUUCCACAUGCCGUAAUUGGUUGUGUUACAAGUUUAAAG